AUGUCUUUCGUGAAACAAGUUUCAAGUCUUUCCGAAUUCAGAGAGGCACUGAACACUCCUAAAAAACUGGUUGUUGUUGACUUCUUCGCUCACUGGUGUGGACCUUGUAAAGUCAUUGCACCAAAGGUUGAAGGCCUGAGCAAGACAUUCCGACAUGUUACCUUUCUCAAGGUUGACGUUGAUGCGUCAAAGGACAUCGCAACAGCAGAAAAAAUAUCGGCCAUGCCAACCUUUAAAUUCUACAAAGAUGGUCAGGAAAUAGCUAAAAUAGUAGGAGCCGACUAUCACCAGUUGGAAACUUUAACUAGACAACACGCUGGUACGCCCGAGGAAAGUGGAUCAAGCGUGCUAACGUUUGGUAAUCACUCUGACAUAAACGAGUUCAUCGUGCUCAAUCAAGUAAACUGUCUGAAUCAACAAGGACAAAAUGUUCAGAAUAUCUUUAAGAAUGAUGACUCGUAUUUAGAGUCUGAUGUCGACGAACAGCUGAUUAUAUCUGUUCAAUUCGGCCAAACCGUGAAAAUUCAUUCACUAAAACUAGUGCCGGAUGAUAUUGAGCAUGCACCAAAGACUAUUAAGCUCUAUGCAAAUAGACUCAACGUUGGAUUCGACGAGACUAACAGAAUUGAAGCGACGCAGGUUCUUACGUUGAGCGAGAAGGAUUACGCAGAUAAAGCCUUGGUGCCCUUGAGAUUUGUCAAGUUUCAGAAUGUUAAUAAUAUUACGCUGUUUGUACAAGAUAAUCUGGGGAAUACCGAAACAAGCAAGAUUAAACGAAUACAUUUCAUUGGAUCACCUGUUGAAACAACGAAAAUGGAAAAUUUGGCACAGGCGGGAGAAGGCCGUGCGGUUUGA